AUGGGUCUGCUGCAAGAGCUUAACCUGAAGCCUGGAGUCAUCUACGGCGAUGACGUCCUGAAGCUGUUCUCCUACGCCAAGGAGAAGGGCUUCGCCAUUCCCGCCUGCAACGUCACCUCCUCCUCCACCGCCAUUGCUGCCCUCGAGGCUGCCCGUGAGGCCAAGUCUCCCAUCGUCCUCCAGACCUCCCAGGGCGGUGCUGCCUUCUUCGCCGGCAAGGCCAUCCCCAACUCCGCUGAGAAGCAGGAGGCUUCCGUCGCCGGCUCCGUCGCCGCCGCUCACUACAUCCGCUCCAUUGCUCCCAUUUACGGAGUUCCCGUCGUCCUCCACUCCGACCACUGCGCCAAGAAGCUCCUGCCUUGGCUCGAUGGCAUGAUCGCCGCCGAUGAGGAGGAGUUCAAGCGCUCUGGCACUCCUCUCUUCUCCUCCCACAUGAUUGACCUUUCCGAGGAGGAGGUCGCCUACAACAUCAAGACUACCGCUGAGUACCUCAAGCGCUCCGCCCCCAUGAAGCUUUGGCUCGAGAUGGAGAUCGGAAUCACUGGUGGUGAGGAGGACGGUGUCAACAACGAGGAUGUCGACAACAACUCUCUGUACACUCAGCCUGAGGAUAUCUACGAGAUCUACAAGACCCUCUCUCCCAUCAGCCCCUACUUCAGCAUUGCUGCUGGUUUCGGCAACGUCCACGGUGUCUACAAGCCUGGCAACGUCAAGCUCCACCCUGAGCUGCUCGGUAAGCACCAGGAGUACGUCGCCCAGAAGCUUGGAAACGGUGACGACAAGCCCGUUUUCUUCGUCUUCCACGGCGGCUCUGGCUCUUCCGUCGAGGAGUUCCAGAAGGCUAUCUCCUUCGGUGUCGUCAAGGUCAACAUCGACACUGACCUCCAGUGGGCUUACCUGUCCGGUGUCCGUGACUACGUCACCAAGAACAUUGACUACCUGAAGACUCAGGUCGGUAACCCCGAGGGCGCAGACAAGCCCAACAAGAAGAAGUACGACCCCAGAGUCUGGGUUCGCGAGGGUGAGAAGGUUAUGAAGGACCGUGUCAAGCAGGCUUUGAUUGACUUCAAGGCCGAGAACGUUUUUCCCAUCAAGAUGGCUUCAGUCUGGGGUCUUCUCCGCCGCAACUACUUCGCGUUUAACCCACCCAUCGCGCCCCAGCAAGAUGGAGCUCUCCGCUUCGGCAUUCUCGGCGCCGCCAAUAUUGCUCCUUUGGCCAUCAUUAUACCCGCCAAAUCCCACCCCGAGGUCGUGAUCCAGGCUGUCGCGGCGCGGGACCAGAAGAGGGCUGCCACCUUUGCCGCCAAACACGGCAUUCCUGAUGUCCUACCCGACUAUCAGGCGAUCAUUGAUGACCCUUCCAUUGACUGCGUCUAUAUUCCCCUGCCCAAUGGCCUGCACUACGAGUGGGCCGUUAAGGCGCUCGAGGCAGGGAAGCACGUCCUGCUGGAGAAGCCGUCGGUCGCUAACGCAAGCGAGGCUGAGGCGCUAUUUCGACUGCCAUUGCUCAAAGGCCCCACGGCGCCGGUGCUGCUAGAGGCAUUCCAUUAUCGGUUCCAACCUAGUUGGCAGUGCUACUUGACGCUGGUCGACGCGCCGAACGUCGAGCAUGUCCGCGCAAGUGCGCACAUUCCCUGGUUUGUGGCUAGUGAUGACGAUAUUCGGUUCCAGUACGGCCUUGCUGGCGGCGCAUUCAUGGACCUGGGCACAUAUUGUGUCAGCGCCAUCAGGCAGACCUUCCAGUGCGAACCGGAAGAGUGCCUCGACGCAAAGUUCAAGACGAUGCCUGCGCCUGAGGAGAAUUCCGAGUACGACUGGAAGAUCACCUGGCGGAUGAAGAACGGUGGAACGGCGGAGGCGGAGGGGACUCUGAGAGCUGGGUUACUUGAGAUAGAAUCGCCCAAACUGAGAGUUACGCACAAGGAGACGGUUGUUGAGGACGCGAAAUUACCCGCUGAACACGAGAAAACGCGGAGGAGGAAAAUCGACGUUGUGAACUUCAUGAUUGGUGGUUUCUGGCAUCGUAUUGACGUGGUGGAUGAGUAUGUCAUCAAAAAUAAGACUACGGGCGCGGUAGUGAAGAAGUGGACGGAGAGGGAGUCGAAGAAGGCGUAUACUUUCCGUGAAGCUGGUAUGGAGGGCGUGGGUGAGGAUUACUGGCUCACGUACCGGCACCAGCUGGAGCAGUUCGUCAACCGCGUCAAAGGACGGGCGACCAAUGCGUGGGUUGAUGGAGAGGACAGUAUCGCGCAGAUGAAGAUGAUUGACAUGGCCUAUGAAAAGGCUGGUUUGCCGUUGCGCAAAUCCCCUGGAGUCACCGUUUAA